GAUGGCCAAUCCCCACUCAAAUCCCAUGUUCAUCUAUAUUGCCUCGGUAUUAUUUUCCCAGUGAAAAGGGUGGAUGAGCCAUUAUUCAAGAAAUAAAUCAAUUUCAUAUUUUUGAAUAUCUUAUCUUUAAUAAAAUAAAUUCAGUGCUAGUUUGAAUAUUUUAUAUUGCUAGUGUCUAUUCCGAUUUUACGUCUACUUGAUAGAAAAAAGGUAAAUUCAUUUUUUCCCGUCAGCAUCUGUUUUAAGAUAUGGCUGAAAAAAGACCCAUUAGCAGGCUGGCCCUGAAGAAUAUAUCCACAAACAUACCUUUGAAGAAAGUUAAAGAAGAUGCGAUCAAAAACGAUGUACCUCCGGUCUCUGCAACAAAACCACCGGCAAUAGCACAAAAAACCACUCUGGCCCAUAAGAUUAAUGAAAGAUUAACAAGGGAUGAUGAAGCAAUUCUUUUAGAAGAACAGCUGUAUAAGGAAGGUUACCAGAGGGAUUAUAUAAGGUUUCUGCUACAUGAUGAAAAAAGAUUUGUUUUGGACAGGAACUUUCUACAGACUACUGUUUUUACAACGACAUCAAGAUAUAGUGUUGUUAACCUUCUGCUAAAGAUGCAGCAAUAUUUCCGAACCCCAGACAACGAAUAUUACAUGGCUGUGAAACUUAUGGAUUUAUCCUCAAAAAUCUGUACAGAACCUGAACCCAGGGAAGGCAUUUUACUGGCUAUUACGUCCUUCUGGAUAGUUCACAAAUUUUUGGAUAGUAAUAUUUUUAUAUCUCUCAAAUCAAUAUUGAAGUUUUUGAGGUUGAUACCUGGGAUGCAUCAUAGGUAUAGAAUGGAAGAUGUUCUCAAGAUGGAAAGAAGAGUCCUAACCUUUACGAAAUUCACAGUUCAACUUCCUGAUCCAUCAAUUUUCAUCGAACAUUUUUUAAGGAAACUGAAAUUAAUCCCAAACAAACAUGUGUAUCAUGGUACCUACUUCGUCUGCGAUUGUUUGUCUACGUUUCCGAAAUUUUCAUAUCUAGAGACUUCUCUUGUUGCAGCCAUUGCUUUAUAUACAACCCUCGUAGUUUUGGAGGAAAACACAUCCCGAUUCGUGCAAAUGACACAAAAUGUUUUUCAUGAAGAAUUACUCAAGAAAUAUUGUGAAGAUGCCAUUUCGAAAAUAUAUUACAUCAGUAAAAUGGUGCAAUGCCAGGAGCCAUUCGUUAAAUACUCAGCUACGGAGAAGCUUGGAAUUUCAAUGCGUUUCGAAAAAUAUAUCAGGAAGAUGGAUUCACAGAAUAUUGGUUUCAAUCGGAAAUAGUGUUCAAGAAGUUCGCGAAAUUUUCUGUUUUUAUACGUUCACGAGUUAAUCUAUCUUUUGAGUCUCACAUGUAAAUAAUAAAGAAGAAAAAUGA